CCCCAGGGGGUGCCCCUGUCCCAGAGGGUGACCGAAGUCCCAGUGGUGUGCCCACGUCCCGGAGAGGUUCUCAGUAGGAGCCCAUGUCCCAAGCGCCCGCGUGCAGCAGUGCUGGCUGGGAAACACGGCAAAACUCCUGCUGAAGAGCACCCGACCAUCUUCAUUUACUAGCACGCUCCAGACCAACAAAAUGUAGGCAUGCGUCACGUGAAAAGCGAGGCGGUUUCCUACCGACCCACGUACUGCCCAUCUCUGGGUAAGGAAGGUGCUGGGCUUUCUUUUAAGAUUCUCGGCUGCUGAGGCACACGGCCAUUUCUGUCUCGGUACCCAGCAGUAGCGCAAGGGAGAACACAGCAGGCCUCGACAGGGUGAGAGUUAAGUUGGGUCAAUCACGAAAGAGAAAGAACGAAAUGCCUUGUUGCAAAGCGUGGCGUUUUGGCCCGCGCAGGUCUCUCUUUUGAGCAGAGGUGACUGUGGCCGCAGAUGUACACGAUUCUCUGACCUGACAGCUGGACGGCAGCCAGGUGACCAGGGGAGAAAGCCAGCUUUGUAAGGACCGUCGGGGAGCCCUGCGGAUGCUGGUCUCAGCUUUAAUCCCCUACGUCUCCUGAAGAUGUUCCUGUUCCCUCUUCUCUCCCGGGCAGACCACUUUUGGGGAAAGGCAGAAGGAGGCACAGCAGUGCAGGCAGCAGAGGCUGCGGCGACUGAUCGAGGAGCCGGCAGAGAUUGUGUGCAGAGCUCCACACCGACAGCAAGCAGUAAGGAGUUGCUGCAGCGUAUGGAGGAGAACCAUCAGGAGCUGCACGGCGCCAUACAGCAGCUCAACACUAAGGAGGAAAAGCCCUGUGCCUUGCUGGCAGCCUGGCUCAAGGAGGAUGAGCAGGAGAAUGAGGCGCUGCGUCAGGAAAUAAGACACCUGGAAGCGGCACUGGAGGAGGAAGAGGCCUGCCACUGUCACAGGAAGAAGGAGGCAGAGACCUGGAGACUGUGCUGCCGGAGAUGGCGGAAGCACAGCUGGAGAGGGAUGUGCUGGCGAGGAGACGUGGCUUCUGUUACUGGCUGCAGACACUCCUGCUCUUGGUUGGCCUGGAGCUGGUCGUUGGCUUCGCAGUGGCUGCCGCCGUGCUCUACGCCUCCUGCUACCACCCUGGGCUCUUCUGCCGCCUGCUGCCACGUGUGCUGCCAGAGGAGGCCUACGCCGAACUGGCAUACGCACUGGGAAAGAUCCUCCCAGCGGUCAGUGAGGGGCUGCUGCCUUUUUGACCGCCCCUCCCAAUAAAGCCUUGUCUCUCUCCA